GUCCGCAGAUGUAGUUCUUCCCCCUCCUGCCCCCCGCCUCCUCCUUCUUUCUCCGUCUUUCUGUAGCCUUCUACCUAGCGGACGCACUCUGCCGAGAUGGCCAUCGACAUCCCGUUGAAGGUGAAGGCCUUGUUUCGCCCUCGCCUGGCUAAGAGGAGGCGGCCAAGCGAUCUCGCCUCCCCGCCGUGCCAGCAUAGUAAAAAGCCCCGGGACGAGCCGGCCCCGACGCCCGAUACUGCCGCCGGCGACCGGGUCUCGCUCGACCUGCAGUUGUCCAGCCCCUUCUUCCGAGAUGUCCCCAUCGAGAUCCGCAAGAUGAUCUAUGAUCUCGUCUGGAGGGACCCCUACGAAGACGCCUAUCACUCGCCCAGGGGGCGCCACAUCCACUUCCAGGAGGGCCGCUGGAGCAACACGCGAUGCGUCAUGUACGACGACGACGAGGAUUUGGACUGGAUACAGAAGAACAUGGACAGGAUCCCUAGUUCACGUGCAGGUGACAUGGUAAUGUGGCAGAAGAGACUCUCUUCGACCUGGGGUAGCCGACACUGGCGGUGCGAGGAGAGAAUACGACAUGAGAGGCAAAAAUCUGUGGACCAGACCAACUUCAUGUCUAUGAUGCUGGUGUGCAAGCGCAUGUUUCCCGAAGUGGUGGAAUCCAUUUUCGAAUCGUAUCAGUUUCUGUUCAACGAUAUCUACACGGCCCACCGAUUCUUCGUCUACAGUCCUUCGCCGCACGUCUCGCACAUCCGCAACCUGGACCUGACGCUCAACUUGGGGUUUCACGAAUAUGCGCCGUUCAUCACCGACCUGCCCAAGAGCCGGGUUCGGGAGCUGUGGGAGGCGCUAGGACGCAUCUCGUGCCUGCACAACCUGCGCAUCUCUCUCGACAUCUACGACCGCGGGCCGUGGCGCAAGAUUCCCGAGCAACGCGUCGUGGCUCAGCUCAGGGAUCUCAGAGUGCUGAAUAACUUCACACUCGAGCUCCCGCCGCCGCUUCCCAUCAGGGUAGACCCACCGAACAUGCACAGCCUCGACGCGGAGGAGGAGGCGCCGUUCAGGGUUGUGCGCCGACCUCCCCUGCGCUAUUGGCAAUUCAUGCCGGGUGAGGUAGAACACUUCAGGUGGGAGACGCGCACGAAAGGCCAGCAGAGUCACUGCUUCAUCACCCCGACCCGAGAGGCGAGGCAUAUCCCAAAUCCUUAUCUGAUAGACUUUUUCUGAGGAGACGAGGGGGCGGGACGGCGUAGGGUCAGGAUCGGGUGUUGGUUGCCUUGGGGUUCGUGUAGAGGCCCGCAUGACGCCCAACAGAAUGUUCACAUCACUAGGCAGCAUCUACUCGUUGACUAAUUGGAGGCUGAGUUGUCCUGAGGGAUGACCAUAUUCGGGCAUCUGAA